AUGUCGGAGGCGAGAGUCCCAAGCCCCGCGGCUUCGGCCCCAACGGCUCCGGGUCAACCACAUUCAAUCGAUCAUGCUUUGCCGGAAUCAACCUUCCCAUCAAACCAACAUGAUUCCGCAGAUCCUGGCCUCGAUGUACCCGCUACCCUCUGUGAUAGUCUUUGGGACCUGCCUGGUCAUGCAUCUUUGCCGGAAUUAACAGAUCUGUGCGAGCCCUCGCCGAUGUCGGCAGGAACUUCAUCAUUCUCACCUUCGAGGAACUUUGUUCAUGACUUUGGACACUCAGUAGAGGCAACGGCAGAUCUGUCCCAUCUACUAUCACUGAUCGCUCCGGCAUCAGGGGAAGAAAAUGAUGAUACAUACCGAAAUUUCUCCCCGUCCACCAUCGUGCGGAGCUAUCCUCCCACAUCGCGGCGCUCCACGCCACGCAACUUUAUGACCAUGUCUCGAUCAUUAAAUAACCCCUCAUGGACCUUGAUUGAAUACUAUUUCAAGGAGGUGGCGGCAUUGUUCUCCAGCUACGAUAGUCAAAUGAACCCAUUCAGAACCACAGUGUCCCGUCUAUGGGGCUCCUCGCUGGCCAUGUGCCGGACAAUGCAAAGCAUGGCCGCGGCCACCUUGGUCAAUGAGUUUCCGCACUUCGGACCGCUGGGCCGGAAGAUGCGUGAUGAGGCUGUGGAGAUAAUUACGCGCGACACAGUAAUAGACGACAAAUCCUUGUUGGCGUUGCUGAUGCUAGGGCAAACGGCAAGCUGGCACGAUCCAACUGACCUUGGUAUAUCAUUCUUCAAUCUUCUUCGGAAGCAGCUGAAUAUCAUAUCAUCAUCAUCAUCGAACGGCUCAGAGUUCGGAUUUACCAAAAGCGACAGCAAUAACUAUCGAUUCUUCGAAGAAGCUCUGAUAUACUGGGAAAUGUUGCUAUCCUUCGUUGCGGACAACGACAAAGGGUUAUUGUCUGAUAAUUCACAAUCUACCUCACCUCUGGGCGAGUCUCUUGUUCUGCAACGCGUCCCCCACCCAUGGACCGGCAUUGCGCGCGAUACCCAGUUUACGGUGCAGCAGGUUGGUCAACUGAUACGUCGUGAGCGAAAACGGAUCCGUUCAAGAAGGUUCACCUCUCAGAAAGAUAUAGCUUGUGCGCAAAGGGCAAUCGAAAAGUCCCGAGAAUUGGAAGAACGAUUGUUAGGACUUGCCCAUCCCUCCGAGGCCGAGAUCGUCAGUCCUGGGGAUGAUGAUACGCCAGUCUGGCAUCUUCUCACGAUGGCGGAGGCCUAUAGGUGCACCGGACUCAUGCAACUUUAUCGCGUCUUUCCAGAUCUUCUUCAAAGCCGCCUACCCGGCUUGGAGUCUAGUACUUCUCGAUACCCCGAUAGUAUGGGCUCAACGACCCAGGACCCUUUCUUUCCUAUCGACCUGGAUAGCAUGAAUCUAUCAUCUGCCUUCGGGAACCCAAGCCCCUCAGGACACACCAACAGCAACACCUCGCCAUCCCCUCUGCCAUCUACUCAUAAUCUUUACCAAAAAAAUAUCCGCGAGAAGCCACUCAAAAGUCCAGACAGCCCGCCCUCGGAAAGCCUUGCCAACAGCUGGCUUACUGAAUUCGCGGUUACAACCCUCUCCCGCCUGAAGACCAUUCCCCUGGAAUCUCGCACUCGCUGCCUCCAGCCGUUUUUGCUUGUAGCAUCCUGUUCAGAACUUCGCCUCCCUCCUUUGACCCCUGACUCUGAAUCCCAGAGGAAUUCUUCCGGUGACAAUGGCAUGGAGUACACCGAAGACGAUGGUACCACUGGUGGUUCAGCCUCCAUGCCUAGCAUCUCCAUGGAAGCAAUUGAAGUUUCGCGCACCCGAAAAUUCAUUCUCGGUCGCCUGACCUCCUAUCUGCAUGUCCUGCCACCAAAGCCUAUCAAUGUCUGUCUCCAACUGGUGAACGAAGUUUGGAGGCGGCUGGAUGCCGGAGAGGACGAUUGUUAUUGGGUUGAUGUCAUGAUCGAGAAGGGAUGGGAGACAACUAUGGGUUGA